AUGACUUUUCAGUCAAAAUUAGAAACAAUAUCAAAAGAUUAUCAAAAAACACAAGAUGAACUUUUCAAAAUAUUAGAAGCACAGCAAAAACUUAACUCACAAUUUCAAGAAAAUAAACUUGUACAAAAGGAAUUUUCCAUUUUAGAAAAUGAAGCUAUUAUUUAUAAAUUAACUGGACCUAUUCUUGUAAAACAAGAAAAAUCAGAAGCUAUAUUAAAUGUAAAAAAGCGUCUAGAAUAUAUAGAAACAGAAAUGGGACGACUGGAAGAUCAAAUAAAAAAACACAACGAAACAUUAGAAGAACAAAAACUAAAUAUACUUAAACUCAAAACGCAAAUCAAAGAAAACUCAAAAUAA